AUGGUUUAUAUCAAGAACCCAAUCCUUCGUCACAUACGAAGGAAACCGAUUUCUUUGAUUGCGCCGAUUUCCAUCCUUUUGAUAAUAUAUUUUUUCUUUUUCCAUUCGGUGGGAUCAAAAGGUUUUAACUCCAAAAGCAAAUCAAAGUAUAGCUAUUCCAAGAAAUCACGUAGCUGGUUUGGCAAAAAUAGGGACACUGUUAUUUUAAGAGAUUUACCAAAGAACCACAUUAGUCAUUACGAUUUAAACAAGUUAAGUGCCACCACAAAUGCAUUAGAAAAUAGGGAAGAAGUGUUGAUCUUGACUCCUAUGUCGAAAUUUUUGCCUCAAUACUGGGACAAUUUAGUAAAAUUAUCGUACGAGCAUAGUUUGAUUGAAUUAGGAUUUAUUUUGCCAAGAACCGCUGAUGGAGACAAAGCGUUGCAACAGCUAGAAUCGCAUGUCAAGAAAACCCAAAACUCGAAAGCCAAGUUUAAAAAGAUCACUAUAUUGAGACAAGAUUCGGGGUCAUUGGAAUCGCAAACAGAAAAGGACCGCCAUGCUCUUAAGGUGCAGAAAGAAAGAAGGUCAAUGAUGGCAUUGGCAAGAAACUCGUUAGUGUUUACAACAAUAUCUCCUUCCACAUCGUGGUGUUUUUGGCUAGAUGCAGACAUUGUUGAGACUCCUCCUACUUUAUUACAAGAUUUGAUUUCGCAUAAUAAGCCGGUGGUGUCUGCCAAUGUGUACCAGCGAUUCACCGACCCUAAUACCAAAGAACCUUCUAUCAGACCAUACGAUUUUAACAAUUGGGUUGAAUCAGAGACUGGGUUACAAAUAGCAGCCGGAUUGAAAGAUGACGAAAUUAUCGUAGAAGGAUAUGCAGAAAUGGCUACCUAUAGACCAUUGAUGGCUCAUUUCUACGAUGCUAAUGGUGAUAAAAACACUGAAAUGGCUUUGGAUGGUGUAGGUGGUGGAGCAGUCUUAGUUAAUGCUGAUGUUCAUAGAGAUGGUGCGAUGUUUCCCUCAUUUCCAUUCUACCAUUGA